CAUUCUUUUUUGCAUCUUCAUCGAACUGAUAUCUCGAAGUUUUGUUUGCAAACAAACCCACCGUUACCACAGUAACCACCACAGCACCUGACCCCUACAACCCACUAACAAUUACCCCUAAAGCGCCCUACAAUACAACACCACCACCAAGAUGACCACCGUCGCCCUCCCUCCCGUCCCCCAAAAAAUCGGCGUCUUUGGCAACUACUUUGCCCAACCUGGCUUCAACACGCUUGUCCUCAAGGAAAAAAUCAUGUCGCUGUCCGGUGACAGCUUCGACAUCCGGAUGAAAGAGACCGGCCAGCCCAUCAUUAAGGUGCAGGGCAAGGUGAUCGGGUCCAAGAAAACGGCGAGUGAUAGCUUGACCAACCAACAUCUGUGGACGAUGGGGAGGGAGUACAUGCACUUGCACACAACGUACGCGCUUAAGGAUGCGAAUGGCGCUAUAGUGCUGGAGGUGCGGAGUGGCUUGUUUACUCUCCUUGGCGCCAAAGCCACAGCAACCGUCACCAACCCGAAUUCGGGCCGGACCACCGUCCUCAAGCUGAAGGGCAACUUCCUCGACACCAGCGGCGAGAUCGUGGAUGACAGCACGGGCGCCGUCGUCGCCAUGAUCCGACGCAAACUCCUCAACUCCGGUGAGCUGCUCUUCGGUCAGCAGACAUACGAGGUGACCGUGGCGCCGGGUGUGGACAUGGCUCUGAUUUCGGCGCUGUGCAUCUGCUUGGAUGAGAUGAAGAACGAGGGCUGCUGUUAGACUUUGACAGUGUUUUUUAUGUUUUAUGAAGGAAUCUUUUGUUUUGGAUACCCUUUUUUUGGAUGGCCUUCGAUUUUUGGCUUUUUCUUUCUUGGAUAGUGGUAGAUGGUUGUUCGGUAUAUUGGCUGGAUGCUGUAUCACACCCACCAGAACGAAUACAGUUUUGGAGAUCGUUUACUUUCGAACUAUCAUCGUGAGCCCCUUCAUUGCCGUCUAUGCAUGGUUCAAGGAUCAGAUCAAGAUGUUGCGGCGGCACAGACCAACCGCUAAGACUUCCCUUGUGUAUUACAGUCAAAUCACUCAUCAUGACGUUGGACGAUCAACAGUUCCUCACCUA